AUGUCUGUUGUCAAUAAUUCUGCACUGUACCCUCGAUUCCUCCUCACUGGCUUCCCUGGCCUUGAAAGCAGAUAUGGCUUGAUCUCCAUCCCCAUCUUCUUGGUUUAUGCCACUUCAGUUGCAGGGAACUUUACCAUCCUUUUCACUAUCAGAACCGAGUCUUCCCUGCAUCAGCCGAUGUACUACUUUUUAUCUAUGCUGGCACUCACAGACCUGGGCCUCUCCACCACGACCUUACCUACCAUGUUCAGUGUGCUUUGGUUCCAAGCCAGGGAGAUCCCCUUCAAUGCCUGUCUUGUCCAGAUGUAUUUCAUUCAUGUUUUCUCAAUAAUUGAGUCAGCUGUGCUCUUGGCCAUGGCCUUCGACCGCCUUGUAGCUAUCCGGGAACCUCUACGCUAUGCAGCCAUUCUAACCGACAGUGUCGUCACUGGGAUUGGCUUGGCAAUUGCUGGAAGGGCCUUAGUCUUGGUCUUUCCAGCUUCUUUUCUUCUGAAGAGGCUUCAGUAUCAUGUGAUCAAUAUUCUCUCCUACCCCUUCUGCCUGCACCAGGACCUCAUAAAGACAACAGUAUCUAGCCGCUGGGUCAGUAGCAUCUAUGGCCUCAUGGUGGUCAUCUGCUCCAUGGGACUGGAUUCUUUGCUUCUUCUCCUGUCUUAUCUCCUCAUUCUGGGCACGGUGUUGAGCAUAGCCUCCAAGGCAGAGAGAGUGAAGGCCCUCAACACCUGCAUUUCCCAUAUCUGUGCUGUUCUGACUUUUUAUACACCAAUGAUUGGACUAUCCAUGAUCCGUCGAUAUGGACAGAAUGCUUCCCCAGUUGUCCAUGUGCUUAUGGCCAAUGUAUACCUUCUGGUUCCCCCGCUCAUGAACCCCAUUGUCUACAGUGUGAAGACCAAGCAGAUUCGUCACAGGAUCCUGAAGAGAUUCAAGAAACAAAGUUUAAAUGAAGGGGAUUAG